AUGGAUCCCCUCGAUUCCAGCAUUCGAGAGCAAUAUUUCGGUGACGAGCACGGGCUCUCCCCGAGUCGAAUGACCCCAGGUUCCGCUGGGAAUCUGGGUCAUGGGCUCUACCCCUAUGCCCAUGCGCCUGCUCUAGACGCCCACAGUCUUAUCUUGUCGGCUAACAACGCCGGGUCGGGUUCGUUCACACAGUCUACGGGUGGAUAUGCGGCACCAACUACUCAGGUCCUGGCAUAUACCGCUCAUCAUGCUCCAGACGCGUUUAAUGCGUUUCCGGGCUCGUUUGUGCACACACCCAUGUCCGGAUCUCAGCACUACUCGACCGCGCCCUACCAGUUCGACGGCUCGGCGCCAACGACAUCGGCGCCAAGUGACCAUGGUAGUAUGCCGCCUGCGGCAGAACACGGCCAUGGAGCCUUUGCUCAUUCGGAGAGUAACAUUCAGACUUCCCCAUCGCUGUCGGAUCACCACCCCGGCUCGGUGCCUAGCGAUGGCUGCGCCGUGGAAAUACCGCGCAACCAAGUCUCAGACCACGCCUGUCCCAGCUGCGAGCAGGCAUUCAUCAACGACGCGGAGCUGAAAGCCCACAAGAAACUGUGUAGCGCGAACUUCCCCUGCCUCUUCCAGUUCGUCGGAUGCACAGUGACAUUCCCCCAUACCAACGAAUGGAAGCGACACGUCAAAACCAUACACUUCGCCACGAAGCUCUGGGUCUGCACCCAGGGCACUUGUUCGGAAGACCGAGAAGAGCCUCCCUUUCCACGCUCUAAGAUAUGGGACGAGAUCCAAAGAAAUUUGCCCAAGAACGGCAAGCGAUUCACCCGCCCGGACUCGUACCAAGACCACGUGAAAGCCAAACACUACGACCUGCUGUCCGGCGAGUUGGGCCGCCGGCUGCGACCGGAUAACCUGUCGAAACAGCAGGUGCGCGACCUCAUGUCCAGGGAGCCGACAAAGAACGCCGUGGGCCCGCUGGUGCCUGACAAGAUGCACUGCUACGCGCCCGACUGCGCCGAGUCCUUUUACUCCUCGAGCUCGGGCCAGGGCGGCAUGACGGACCACUGCGACGACUUCCUCAACCACAUGACGGCCGUCCACCUCCGCGACAGCGCUCCCGAGCCUGACCAGCACGCCCCCAGGGGCCAGUGGUUCUUUGACUGGGGCUUUGACGCCGGAUUCCUGAAGAAGGAGCCUGGCGACAAAAUCGUUAUGAGCCAGCCGUACGGCAAGUCCAACAACAAGUCCAGGGCGGGUGGUGGUGGUUCCCGGGCGUCCCCGCCGAGCCGAGGGGGUCCGUCGAGGCGUAGGGGCUGA